CUCGUACCGGAUUCACAAAAGAGCCCACGUCACAGCCUGGUGCCCAACGACCACUUCCGUUGCCCAUCAAAAAACAACCUCUCCUCCGAUUUCGUCCUUAGUCCUAGAAACAGCAUUGCGGUAGAUUUUAACAGAAGUCCCAGGAACAGUCUGGUACCUGAUUACAACAGAAGUCCGCGCCACAGUUUAACCCCAGAAAGUAAUAUUCACGGUUCCAAAUUAAAUGUCGCUGAGUUCAACAGGAGCCCAAGAAAUAGUUUAGUGCCGGAUAGUUCCCGGGUGUCCAGAAGGAGUUUGUCUGAAUCUAUAAAUUGGAGGCCAGAUGAGGGUGGUAGAGGCCAUCAUCAUAAUGACACCUUACCCAAACGGACCGGCCGAAAUAAUAAUGGCGACGAUUACGAAGAUCGAAGUCCAAGAGGUAGUAUUGGACCCGAAGAAAGAGAAAGAAGUCCAAGGGGAAGUUUGGCGAGAAAUAUGUUUGACGAUCCUGAGAAAAAGAGUCCUCGGGGAAGUUUGACGCUUACUUUUCAAGAACCACCAGUAACCGAAAGGAGGGCCAGUAGUGAUAACGGUGUACGAAUUAGGAGUACCUCACCUUAUAGAGUGGGAGGAUCCAGGAGUGGAGCUGCGGGAUUUUCUGGAUUUAGUGAGAAUGGGUCCAGAAGGGCCAGCAGUUCUGUGUCAGGAGAUGAGCAGCGCCGUCUUUGUGUAGACCAUAAUAAUACAGAAACACAAAGUAUCAACCUUGCUCUUUCCCUAACGACAUAUGGCAGUGUAGCAUAUCAGCUUAAAGACGCUAACUUAGAGGCAAAUGGGACCUGCGACUUUGUUUGCAAGGCAUUAAAUAUAGUUAAUAAGACUGUUGUAGUAACAAUUGCUUUGGUGUGUUUGUCAAUACUACCUAUUAUUAUGCUUAUUAUGGGUAUCCAGUUUCUUCGAGAUUGCCCACGAGAACCCAACAUCCCCAUAUAUAUGAUAGUCGGAGGUAGCGUGGGCUGUAUCAAAAUGAGCCUAACGCUCUGGUCCCAGUUCCACAACUCGCGAACUGGUAACAACGGCAUGAACGCAACCUCCAUAGUGUCCAAAAUAGCUUCGGUAGCUUUAACUGUUCUUCUGCUAGUAUGGUUUGCUUUGGGUAACUACUGGUACUUCAAGAUGGCAAAGAGUUUACGGAGCAAAUGGAAGCGUAAAAUGCGUCAAGUAAAACGAGAGAGAUACGGUAAGAAAGAACUGGAAAGGCUAAAAAAGACUUUAGGUAUAGAAGACAAACCAGGCGAAGCAUCAACCAGCACCACUGAUGCCACUAUGACUGAUCUAUCAGAAGUGAUAACCUUUACCACUGCAGACGAAAUCAAGAAAAAACGCAAAGAAAAAGAACAGGAUAAAGACAUAAUGGACCAGAGCACAAUAGACGAUUUAAAAAAAUUUAACGCCAAAACAUUGAUGGAUGCGAAUGGAGCCUACCCCGUUUGGGUUCACCCACGGAAAAUUAAGAAAUCUAAAAAAUCCAAAGAUAAGAAGGGAAAAAAGUCCAAGGGCAAAGUUUCAAAAAACUCUAAGAAAAAAUAA